GAGAGAGAGGGGAGAGAGAGUGGGGUGGAUGAAGAGGAAAAGGAGGAGAGGGGAAGCGGGAUGCUGACAGAUUCCUGAUAGAUGGCUAAAAUGGCGAAAGCGUGUUGAGUCGUCCUGCAGGUCCGAACAUGUACCCGGAUGCUCACCUGUUAACUUCACCUUGUUUCCCGCACCUGCUGGAUUAUUCGCGCGUUUAAAUGGCCUCCGCCAGGCAAUGUCGCCUGGCUGCUUGCUUUUUGGGGAUCCUCCUGAACGCUUUCGUGGGUGUGUCAUCCGAUGCGGAGCUCUCCUUCACCCUGGAGCCCAGUGACAUCAUUGCGGUGCAGCAGCAGCCCCUCAUGCUCCACUGCCAGGUGAACGGCAUCCCCCCUAUCACAACACAAUGGAGGCACAACGGCGUGCUUUUAACUCAGGACCAGUAUCACACCACCUUCAUCAACGGCUCCCUCCUAAUUGGCCACUUCCUGAAGACCAAGUCUGACAACUCGUCUGAUGAAGGCGACUACGAGUGUGUGGCCCAGAAUUCUUUUGGGUUAGUAGUGAGCAGAAAGGCGCGGGUACAAGCAGCCACCAUGGCGGACUUCCACGUACAACCAGAGGCGGUGCAUGUUGAGGAGUCUGGUGUGGCCAGAUUCCAGUGCCAGAUUCACGGCCUGCCAGAGCCCGUUAUCAGCUGGGAAAAAGAUGGCCGUCCUGUGGACACCAAGGACAAAAGGUACACCCUUUUACCAACGGGUGUCCUGCAGAUCACAGGAGUACGCGAGGAGGACAGUGGAAAGUUCUGCUGUGUGGCACAUAACAGCGCAGGAGUAAAACACAGCACUGAGGCCCUCCUCACGGUUUCAGGUUCCCAGUCUUCUGUUUACAAAGAACCAAUGAUCCUAGUCGGACCGGAAAACCUCACCCUCACUGUCCACCAAACCGCCAUUUUGGAAUGUGUUGCCACAGGAUACCCUCGGCCCAUCGUGUCUUGGAGCAGGCUAGACGGCCGUCCUAUCGGUGUGGAGGGAAUCCAAGUGCUCGGCACUGGCAACUUGAUGAUUUCUGAUGUCGGUGUGCAACACUCGGGUGUUUAUGUGUGUGCUGCCAACAAACCCGGGACCCGUGUUCGUAGGACUGCUCAGGGCCGCUUGGUGGUCCAAGCUCCUGCAGAGUUCACUCAACCGCCGCAGUCUAUUGCGCGACCCGUCGGGACCACCGCCAUCUUCACGUGCCAAGCCCAGGGCGAACCUGAGCCCCAACUCACCUGGUUGAAGAACGGCCAGAUCCUAGAGCCCGGUGGGCCCGUCAAACUCAGGAACAGCAACAGCACGCUGACCAUCUACGGCAUCAGCCAGGACGACGAGGCCAUCUACCAAUGCAUCGCAGAGAACAGCGCCGGCUCCACGCAGGCCAGCGCUCGCCUCACAGUACUCUGGGCCGACGGCCUCCCUGGCGUGCCCACCAACGUGCAGGCUGAGGCCCUCUCACCCACCACCAUCCAGGUGUCCUGGAGGGAGCCCGAUCAGAACACGCAGGACAUCAUCGGUUACGUCCUCCAUAUACGCAGGACCGCAGACCCUGCGGAGAUGGAGUAUGAGGAGGCCGUCAGUAAGGCGACGCUGCAGCAGAUCAUUCGAGAUCUGGAGCCUUCCACCAGCUACACCUUCUACGUAAAGGCCUACACAUCACAUGGUGCCAGCAAACCAUCGGACAGUGUCAUGGAGAACACUCAUGGGGAAGUUCCAGCACCUCCCUCGCUCUUCACCAAAGUGGUAAACAGCAGUGUGGUGCAAGCAGUGUGGGAAGCUUCCACCAAGAUGGGUCAACACCAAGGCUUCAGACUCUAUUACAGAAGAGCCCACACAGCAGUAUUUACUGGACCCAUCGUCUUGCCACGCAACGCCUCCCAGUACAACAUCACUCAGCUGGAUCCCUCACUGGUCUAUGAGAUUAAUCUGCUAGCGUACAACCAACACGGAGAUGGCAACGCCACCAUGCGCUUUGUUUCACUUCGGGAGGCUUUGGAGAAAUCUGUUCUGGACGCCUCAUGCGACUGUGUGCAAGACGAGCAAAGCAAAACGUCCACUACUGGCAUCAUAAUUGGUAUUCAUAUCGGAGUCACCUGUAUCAUCUUCUGCGUUCUCUUCCUUGUCUUCAGCUACCGCGGCAGGUUGAUGAUUUGUAAGGCAGUUCAGGCAACCCCUCAGGCGGUACACAACGCAGCACUGGAGUCCUCCACCUCUUCCCAGGGGGCCUCUGGCUUGAACUCGGCCACCAGGAGGGAAAUGGAGGUCAAUGGCAGCACAGGAGGGAACAAAGUGGUUGACAGCAAUGAGCUGGAGAGACUUUUCCCUCAACCCAACACACAAGACAUCUUAAACAUGGCUGACUCAACCGUGGUGUCAUACUCACCAAAUGACACCCAGCUGUGCACGAUAGCGCUCGACGAAUUCACUGUCGAGCGGGACACAGAGACGCAGUUCCAGGAGUCUUCCGCAACACGAACGGGUCCACAGAACCAAGGCUAAUCAGCGUACGAAGGCCAAUCCACACGCCCCCGUGUCCGCAGUGUCCACUCAGUUUCGUUCUCACUCAGGUUGUUCUUUCAAAGUAGUUUGCAUUUUUGUGCAACGAUUUUUAUUCGUAAGUUAAAGGAGUUGUAGGGAGUUUAGGACUGGUUUCAGGAAAGUUGUGUUUAGCCAGGCAGACCAGUUUAGUGUUCUCGGACUGUCACUAUUUGGUCCUUUGUUCAUUUUCUGGUGUUAGGCAGCACACAGAAGAGCCAAAAUGUCCUUGUUAUACAAAGAUGAUUUCAUGUUUAAGUUUAUAUAUUUACAUAUACCUUUAUCAUCUCGGUGUCAAAGUGGUUCUAAGUUAUUGGUCUUCUCGCUACUUUCCUGUGGAUGUCAAAGAUGCCUGCUGCCUGCUCUAACAUACCAACGAUUCCAUCUCAGAAGACCUAAGCCUUCUUCAAGGGACUCGGCGUGUUCUGUCUCAGGACUUUUGGGUUAUUCAGUCGGGAAUUCUGGGCCUUCAUGCAAGCGAUAGGUUGUGUGAAGCUUGUUGUUCAACAAAAACCUACCUCAACCGGAAUGAAUGUGUUGUGGGAAGCCUUUAGGGAACUUCCACUGUGUUUUCACUUACUGUACAUGCGGAGGAACUGAUGGGUCCGAAUUACAAGAUCAGGUGCCGCACUACCUCAGAUGUCAAAAAAUCGUCUCUCCUAAGCUCCUCUCGUGCUUGUCAAGACAAAACGACGAGUGUCCAACAUGAAGCACUUCCAAAUGCUGAAUUUAAUGUUCUACCUCAAAAAUAACAUUGUAAUGUUGUCAUUGUUCUAGUUGUUGUUUGUUGCAUAAUGAAAACAUUUUCAUUCUCUAUUUUGUUUGAGGAAUUUGAUAUGUGUAACUACGAUGUUGUCUAGUACCACAUGCAGGAUUAUAUCGUGUUUGUGUGUAAGUGUAUUAGGGCCACGCUGAAAAGAGCAAAGUGAGUUAUGAGUUUAAACUUUAAAGGCAAAAUAUUACCAGAGCAAUGAUUGGAUUUUUACUACAAAAAAUGUAAUAUCUCAAAUUUAGGAGAAUAAAUUAGCAAAUAUAUAUAUAUGAGAAGCCUACCCUCGACCCCUGACCAAGCGCCGUAGAGUAGGUGUGGUUGUGGGGGAAACAUGCCAAAUUGAGUGUUUUGUCCAAGAGGAGAAGCAUGCAGAUUUACCCUGUGCUAAUUAUUAUUUUUGUAAAUCAGGUGGAUGUUGAUGAAUUAAAUGCAGUAAAUUUACUUGCUUUAUAAAUUAUUAUAAGAUAAUAUUUUAGCCCGAAUGCAAUGUCAUUGUCAGAAUGCCCCGCGCUUGAAUGCACGUCAUUUAUUUGUUUAAACCCCAGUGACAGUUUGAACUAAAUGUAUAUGUAAAGCGGGAUUUGCCACCAGUCAGAGUCUCUUCACUCAUUUUUGAUGUAUUCAUUGACCCGAUCACUGCCCGUAUAACAACCCGCUCCACCUUUCUGCAGUUAAGUUACAGGACCAUGUACUCUCAAAAUAAACUGCCUGUUAUACUCUGACAACACUACUCUAAACUCAAUUUGAGAUUAUUUUUUUUUUAACUCAAUAUCUUUGUAAAAGCACGACCGGGCCCCUUUAAGAUAUAAAGUCUACAAACAAUGAAAUAUGUAUCAUUCCACCAGUUAAAUUACAUUAAAAUUCCCUUUUGGUGUGUUUGUUUUUGACUGAUUGAAAACGUGGAUUGGAAUUUUAGCAGUCAGCCUUUAUUCUCGUAACUUUACCUUUUUUUCUUUUUAGCGUGGCCAAAUACUAAUAGCGUUCUAUUUUAAAAUUGUUUUGAUCAUUAUUAUGUUUGUUUUAAUUGUACUUUUGGGGGACGAAAAAAAACAUUCUGCAUUGAAAAUAACAUUUUACACACUAUUUCCUGCUAAAUGAGCUGUGCUACUGCUCAUUUGGUUGAAAGGCAAAAUGACACAAACGUGUGGUAGGAUUGAUUGAGUGUUGUGUGUCGGUCAAAAAAACAUUUUCAUGAGUUUUAAUGAAUUGUCAUGUAUUACAUUUCAACACAAGCACAAAUCUGAACUGCCAAGAAAUAUUACACGUUCACUGGCAUUGUCCAGUGUUUUGGUCGGUCAUUGACGCGUCUCUUGCUGAGGGUGAGAUGAGAAGGUUGAUGUUACUUCACAGAUCUAAUUGGGAAGAAGAGUAGGUGUGAAGUACUAGUUUUCCCGCCGGUGCAAGUGGAUAUAUUGUAAUAAAUCCUGUCACUGUUCUGCAGGUAUCUGCACUGUAAAGAAGAGCUGUCAAAAUAUAACAUAUAAAGACUGCAUUUCAGGAAAACAACAAGUUUAAUUAAAUAGCUGCAUGGACAGCUAAUUUUACUUGGUAAAACAUCCUAAAUUAGGGUUUAUAUACGUACAAAUUGGCAGGACUUUGUAUUUUAUUCUAAAAACGAGCAUUAUUCAACGUGAUUCUUAAAUUAGGCAUCCCCGAUUCUUAAAUUAAGCAUCCCUGAGAUGUUGCAGAAUCAUUAAACAAGAUUUUCUAUGUGGGGGGAAACCAAACAAAUCUUAAAUGAAUAGUUAUUUUCUCAAUUUUAACAUUUUGACAAAUAUAUAGUUAUUCAUGCUAAAAAAUAAUAUUAGUCUAUGACAAAAUAUAAGUAAAUUGCUCUUAAAACUAGUGACGUGUCUAAAAAUAUUUGUUUUAAUUACAGUGGGACCAAUUAGUCCAGAUGAAAAAAAGACUCAUCUUAUGCAAUAGUUUUUGACCAACAAUAAAAUAAGGGUGUGAAUCACAAAUUAUAAUACAGUAGUUCUCAAACUUGUUAAACCAAGUACAAUCUCAAAAAAAUGUUGGCUCUCUAAUUACCACCAUAUAUAAACAACAGACAAAAUAAAUAAAUAAAGUAGUGUAGCAGGCCUAAGUAGUCAUUAAAACAUGGCAGAGGUUUUAUUCAACAAGUAUAUUUAAUAUGUUGGCCACUGUAACGUUACACACAGUUUAAACAGUAACACUGUUUGAAUACAGGAAAAUAAAACACUGUACUUUAUUCAAGAGAUUCUUUGGCGUACCAGUUUGAGAAUCCCUGUUCUAAUGUAAUGUAACCCGCCUAUUUCUGCCUCUUUCCAGAGUCCAUAGAUUAAAAGUCAAGAGCGAGUUGACGAAUUAAAACCUGUCAGCUCAUAGUCCAGCUCAUUGAGGACCAUCAGAAUUAUUUUUAUUUCAUUUUCGCAAUAUUUCAGGGAAAGCUUAUGCUGUAUUAGAUCCACAAAUGUAUCGGAGUGGAUUAUGCUCUUGUAAAGCAAAGGACAUGGCUUCCAGUCCUGGCCAUUAAUUAUUUGAUAUGUUUUAAUCAAUUUAAAACUGCUCCUUAUAAUGAUUUUAAAAAUCCCUUAUUUUUAUAAAUUUUUCAGGGAGAUUUCUCAUAUUUCGAUUUGCAAAUGUUGACAGGUAUGCUCACAGUUAAGUCACAAAAAGUUUUCACAUUUUAGCCACCUGACUUAAUAACCACCACUAACUAACCACUUCUACCAGUAGGUAGGACAAAUUUCACCACACCCAUCGUGUGUGUGAUUGGUGGGACUUUAACUUAAAUGUAAAAUGUAAUGUAAAAUUGUAUAUUUUAUCUCUUACCCUUCAGCUUGCUUAAAGGAAGUUGCUCUUUGUGUUGCCUAAUGUGUUUGUUGUGGUGAUAUUCCUGUGGUUGCACCUUUAUUACCUCUGCCAGGACGUUGUGUAAUUGUUUAUAUUAGUUAGCAAAAUAGUUAAACAAACUUAUGGCUGAUUUUUUUAUGAAACAUUCAGAAAAUGGCCAAAAUGGGAUAAGGAACAUUUCCUGUCUGAUCCGGCCAAUUUCUACUAGGUUACCUUACGUUUAUGCUUCUGUGUGUCUGUAUGCCAGUAACAACGCACAGACAAAGAUAGAGGAAAUAGACAAGAGUGUUCACUCCGUUUCUUUUAUUCUCGCUCAAAAAGUUAUGGACAAUUUUUAUCUAACCUUCAGGAAAUUUCAGAGAUAGAAUAAAGAACAAGUCAUUACAUUUUGGGGCUGAUCCGGAUUACCAUCUGAAUUCAGGACUUUUUUUUUUUUUACUA